UUUUUUAGUCAACAACCUAAUCCACAAACUUGUUCACAUCAAUUUAAAUUAUGGCAAGAUUUAAUUUUAUCAUAUUGUAAAUUUCAUCGAUUAUUUAAGAUUGAAUUAAAUUCAAAUACUUCAACUUUAGAAUUAUUUAAUAAUGCUUCAAUCUCACGUAAAUUGGUUUAUUUUUUUCAGAAAAAACUUGAACUUUCAACAUCAAAUUCAACUUCAUCAAAUCAUCUGAUAAUUUAUUUCUAUCCUAUAACUUAUUGGUCGAAUUUAAUUUAUGAUUAUAUAGUUUCAAAUGGACUUACAAAUUCAAUCAUGACUUUAUAUGAAUUAACUUCAGAUGAAGUGAUUGUUGAAUUAAGAGGUUUAGAUGAAUAUGUUUUAAGAAAAGCUUUGGGUUUAUUAGUUAAACAAGGUAAAGCUAAGAUAUUUAAAGGCACAAUAGAUGGGAUUGGUGGUGAAAGUGAUGGUGUUAAGUUUUUUUGA